AUGAAUGAGCAGAACUCAUGGCUCAAGUGGCGCCAAUGCCAUCUUCCGAUCAUCUCCGACUUCCGAUUGGCUCUGAUGCCCGGUUGCCAAAGUUCCUGUCCAAGUCGUGCUGCAGCCUAUAGGCGACAGAUUCGCCAACAAGACACAAUGGACGGGCUCAAAGAAUUUGGUCGUGAUGUUCCUUCCGCCAGAGAUCCAACAUACCAUAUCUAUGGUCAGUUGCUCAGACAACAAGACAAUGCCAGAGCCAUCCAUUCCACGACACGACAGGAACAUACAUAUGGCUCACACCCGCGUCAGAAGCUAGAUCAUUAUAGCCCCAAGCAAACGGAAGACGCCAAUAAGACUGAGGAGGCGUUGAUGUUUGUCUAUGGAGGGGGUUGGGUCAGUGGCGACAAGAUUCUGGAGGAAAUUCCUGACGAGGUCGCGUAUGCCAACGUUGGCCACUUUUUCGCCGACAAGAUUGGUAUAGACACUAUUGUCAUUGAUUACCGCCUGGUCUGUCAUGGAGCAAAACAUCCAUCUGGCGCCCAAGACAUCGACCUAGCGCUGAUGUGGAUCGAGAGGAAAUUCCCCAAUUGUCGCUCAUUGUAUCUGCUCGGUAACUCGGCCGGCGGAGUGCAUGUAGCGAGCUGGUUAUUUGGCGCGCAUUGUCCCGAAACCCGCAAUCGCCUCGUUGAGGGCAGAAGCAAAAGCGAUCAACUUGGACUAGAAGCAGUAGGCUUGCUGGGAACACCACUACAGCUGUCUCCCGAAGGCGCCAUGCGACCAUUGCUCGAGGCUUAUUAUGGGGACCUGGACCUUGUUCGAGCAGAGCAGCCACAGAAGUUGAUGCUCGAUGCCACACAGGGGUUGUCGUCUGAGGAAGUGGCAUCAUGGCCACGAUUAGCUGUGCUUGUCUCCGAGCUAGAUCCUGAAGAAGAUAUGAGGAACGCGGGUCGAAAGUUUUUCGAGCUUUGGCAAUGCAGAGGUGGAACGGGUGAAUUCGUCGAUAUUCCUGGUCACAACCACUUCAGUCCAGUCCUCUCAAUCGGGACUGCUGUUGAGCGCGAAGAGGCUUGGGGACUCGCGUGA